AAACCAAGAAGGAGGCAUCUCAUUCUUCAUUCUUCCCCCUCCUCCCUCGGAGUCAUUGUUCCACUGACGCGACCGCCCGUUAACACCGGAGGCGGUCUGCUGGCUGAUUCACGGGCCACGGCAAUGCUGAUAACUUGCGAAUUCCACGGAUUCCUUUUCUUCUUAUUCGUCAUUCUGAAAAGAGACAGAGAACAUUGCACGCACUAAUACGAUCCAUAUACACGUACAUGCAUAAUUUGUAUACAUUACAAAGAGUAAAGCAUCAACCGAUCUGCUGCAACAAGCACUUUUAGGUGCCCUUGAUCAGCGAUAAGUCGUCCAUUUUGGAGAUUUUGCUAGACAGAUUCAGCUGUUGUCAAGCGGAAGAUCGCUUACUGCAAUGACUACAAAUAUGAAGAUACUGAUUUGUAGGUACGUGUUUCAUCCAAUCCUAAGAAUUCUAAGAUUACUUGCCAAAACCGCACACGUUAGAAAUGCUCAAGUUUUCUUAUGGUGAUAAAUAUAGGUUCACGUGAUCCCAAAACAUGUAUUUUAAAAAAACUUAAGUAAUUUUUACACAUUGUUAUACCUCAUCAACUAUGGUAUGUCGUUGAAGUUUAUCAUCAGUAGUGUGAGAUUCUAGUCGAUGAUUCAAUAAACUUAAAAAAAAAAACCUAUAUAUGUAAAACAGUCAGACCAAAAUUAUUUUGAACGGACUUUGAAUAGAAACGAAUCAAAGAAACCUUUUUAGAUCAAAUUUUAACAAAAGAUACGGACAAACUCCCAGAACCCCUUCGACAGUACAUAGCGCCGUCAUUUGCGUGCACAUACCAACAAUAGUCGAGAAACCCACCCGAUUCGUCUUUAAAAACCAGUCCAAGGUUGAUGACGUCAACAUCUGUCUGAAACCUUGAAAUAAUUUGAGCAAACUACAAAGACUGGCCAUGCUGCUGGCUGUUCGCUCACACCGGAUGGUUACCGGAAAUCCUUAUCGGCUCCGACGAAGAUAAGACACUGGUUGUACUUUGUUAAAAGAUCUAAUAAAUAUAAUAGUAUAACACUCAAUUUAAAAAAAACUCCAGCUACACUUGGGGAAAUUAAGCCGCUGCCCGUCUAUUAUUGAACAGUAGUUUUUCGGACACUCAUUUCUCGAAUGCAUCUUACAAUAAUAGUAUUAUGAUUCGACAGUUUCGAAACCGUCUCGAAUGAUUCGCCCAAGUUAGAAGCAAUUAUCACCUAAAUUGAAACACAAAGAAGCACUUAGUUAAAACAUUCUCUUCAUAUUUCGUAUGAUACGGGCGUGGAGCUUCUUCAAUCGUAUUAAUUUUAAUGAUACACAAACGUCACGCAAUGCAAAAUUAACGACACGUUACAGUAAGGAGGAAAUUUCACAAUUUUACGAAGACGUGUACAAAUACGAUGCGAACUACCGACCCUACAACAACCACGGCUGAGUAGCAACUGAAAUGCCGGUAGGAAACGGAGUGGGAGAGAUAAUUUCAUUCUACAAUGUCCAAUCAUAUUCGUUCGUCAACCGCUCGUGCCCGAAAACAACCGAUCGAGUCAUUGCCGGGUGUAAAUCCGGCUCGUCUGGGUCCUUAACCUAACUAACGGCUACGACAUGUGCGCUGGCUUCACAUAAUGCGUUCGUCUGUCCUUCUCUAACCUACCACCUUCGAAUGGCGAACGACGUUCUUUGCCUGUCGCUUCUGCUGCGAAUUUACAACCUAUUGUAAAAAUGUCAGAGGCAAUUUUUCGCGGAAUUACCUGAACGUCACAGGUUGCAAAGUUCGUAUUGUAAAUUUUUUGAUGAUUAACAGUAUGAUUUCUAAUUUGACUGCAACUGAAAUUAGCAUUAGAAACUAAAAAAACGAAAUAUGAUUAAAAAGGGGCUAAAUACUUUUUUUAGUUAACAAAUAUGCAGGCAUAACGUGUAAAUCACGCGUGGUAUAAAUCUGACAUACCUACACAUAAUCAAAUAAAUUUGAAGUACUUAGUUAUGCAUUUUACAUAUAAUAAGAAAAUCUACGCGUAUAAGUCACACUUCAUAAAGAAUUUACCAUUAGAUUACCGUUAAAAUAAUUACUAAGUCUGUUAAAUCAUUUCUGUUUAGGUACAAUCGGGAGCAAUGACGGCGUCUAUAAGACAUUAAAAAUGUUACGUAGUUUCAAUUUACAGAUUCUUAGUAGAAUAUUUUUAGUUAUAUACAUACAUAGGUACGUUUAAAAAAAUGACUCAGAAGUUCCGAAAUAUAUGCGUUUAUUUAAUUUGAACAUAAUGAUUUUAUUGGUUAUUCUUUAGAAAUUUGCUGUAGAAUAUGAUUAAUAUUAGAUCAACUGCGAAAAUAAAUACGGACACAUUCAUACCAUUAUUAACUUCAGAACUUACAGUUAGUCACAUUUACAAGUCGAUUUAUAUCUAACAGUCAUUGAAAUUCUUGCGAUGGCAUCGAGCCUGCCGAGUUAUGAGUCAUGAAUUUACACUUUCUAAAUUGCACUUUCAAAUAACAUGUACAUAUAUACAUACGUAUUGUUAUGUUCUAAUACUAUAAACACCUUUUUUACUUUCACGUCAUUAGUAGUUAAUGACCCAUAAUAAUAUAAGGGACAGAUAGUAAUUGUUAAGUUAGUUCUAAGUUUGGUUUUGUACCUCUUUGACCUCUUUUUAAUAAAGUCUUUUCAAACGUUUAAUCCUAUUUUGUAUAACAUCGACUUGGUUCGAUUGAGUGUUAUCAAAGGGUUAGUGUUCGAAAUAAGAAGACUUUACAAUUGUUCUAUUAUUGUCAAAACUCCAAUUAUUUUACAUUGAAAGGCAACGUCCUGGUGUAAAUUAAAGGUGUCUUUUACAAUAAUUAAGUAGAACACCCAGUUAAACGUGUCUGGGAUAAAAACAACGUAUUGUACGCCGACCAUAAGGGAUCCUUCGGACCAGUCCUCAGCGUCGUGACGUAACAAAAUUGGCGCAGUCAGUAGGAUCUUCAGAGGAAUUUCUUCGAAGAUCAACGCUAGUGAUUCGAAAAGGUUUUGCAGAGAUUCAUCUUCAAUCUUUCACCAUACCGGUCACUAGAGGGAUUCAGAGAAGCUGUCACAACCACAUCCACCCGUGACUAAAUUAGCUGACGAGGAAUUCCAAGAGAAAUCAAUUCUAUGCAUCGGGCAUCUUUUCUCCUAAUCAUCUGGUGAGUAGUUUUUAAUUGUAUCCAGUGCUUUAAACGAAUUUAUUAUGUCUUUACAACCGGAACAAUCACAAAACGCCACCAGUACAAAUAAAAUUUCAGACUCAAUUUUUACAACAUUGUUGAAUAAUUUACCCGUGUUUAAUGGAGGUGAAAAUGGUAUUUCCUUAACUCACUGGUCUAAAGUUUUAGAUAAUUUAAUUAAUUUAUGUAAUGAUUCUCAAAAAGAUAUCGUAGGGAAUUUCAUUCUCGCAAAAAUUCAGGGUGAACCCCGUAGAUUAUUACAAAAUCGUAGUUUAUAUUCAAUAACAGAUAUUCUUGAAUUUCUCAUAGACACAUAUGAGGACGAUAAAUCUUUUGAACAGUAUGUGUUAGAAAUGUGCACCAUGGUUCCAAAAGAUAAUUCGGCCCAAAAUUUAUAUCAUGAUGUUGCUAAAUUAGAAGACGCAAUUUUAAGGUCCACUAUUCCUGACAAAGUCUCAGACUUUGUAGAAAAAUUAGCAAUUUCUGCUUACCUUUCAAAAUUACCCCCUACAAUCAGUAAUAUUUUACAAACAAAAAAUUUUAAAACUUUACGUAAAUGUUUCGAAGAAGCUAAAAAUAUUGAAAAAGGAUUUAAAUUAAGACAAGUCAAUAACGCUGUCUCUAGACAACUUAGAGGUGAAAAUCCCCCUAAAACUGAUAAAAUUAGAGAAAAACCUAAGAAGGAAAAUUAUGAUCAAAAUUUUAAACCUAAAACCCCCCUUCAACAAAAAGAUACAAAAAUAAUUAUUUGCGACCAUUGUAAAAAACCUGGUCACAACCGAGAUUCAUGUUUUAAACUUAAGAAACAACAAGUAAUAAAAUUAUUAGCCGAAAUUUGUUCAGACGAGGAUUCUGAAGAACCAUCUAGUUCAUUAAAUUCUCAAUUGCAAAAUUUAAACUUAUUCACGGAGGCGCAACAGGAGAGCACCGACUCCGACGAAUAAAAGACUCUUCAAUUCCCAACAGUAACUUGAUUAAAUUAUCACUUUUUAAUAUUAAGUCAAAUGACGGAUUACCCCUAAUCAAAGUUAAAUUAUUUCAGAAAGAUUUAGAAUUACUUAUAGAUUCAGGAGCUUCAGUGAACAUAUUACAAAAAUUUGAUAAUUUGCCAGAAAUUAAUAAAACAGAUAAAAUAGAGUUACACGGUAUAAAUGGUCAACCCUUUUUCUCUGAGGGUACAAUUCAAACGAAUAUUUCGAGUGUACCAAUAAAAUUUCACAUUUUAGAAAGUAACCUUCUAGGCGUAGACGGUAUUAUAGGAACGGAGUUUUUAACCUCCACAGGUGCUUUAAUUAAUUAUCACAAAAAUUACCUCAAAAUUCCAUCGCAGAAAAUGUGUAUUCCAUUACACUUCAUUAAAAAUAGGCAAUUUGUACAUCUAUUACCGCGUCAAGAACAGGUCGUAAAAUUACAAUUACCACAAUAUGAAGUAAACACCGACUAUCACUUAGAAAGUUUUAAUAUUGAUGAUAAAAUAUUAUUCCCAGAAUGUUUUGUACGGACUAAUGAGCAAAAGGUAAUUUAUUUAACAUGCAUUAAUUUGUCUGACAAAAACGAACAAAUAGAACUUGAUCACUUACACUUAGAACCUAUUAGUAAACCAAAUAUUAACAACAUUAAGUCAUUUAAAAAUUUGGCGAUUUCAAAGAAACAAAGAAUAGAAACAUUAAUUAAGCAAAUUCGUUCAGACCACCUUAAUGAUGAAGAAUUAAAAUCAAUCAUUGAAUUAAUUUCUAAAUUCCCCGACAUUUUCUAUUUAGAACAAUACGACACACUUACUUCCACUGACAUAAUUAAACAUAAAAUCAUAACAACAGACGAAGUACCUAUUGUUGCGAAAAAUUACCGCUAUCCACCUUGCCACAAACAAGAAGUAGAAACACAAAUAAAAAAUUUAUUAAACCAAGGAGUUAUAAGACCUUCUUUUUCCCCAUGGUCCAGUCCCAUUUGGAUAGUUCCAAAAAAAAAGGAUGCUUCAGGGAAAACGAAGUGGAGAAUGGUUGUGGAUUACCGUAAAUUAAACGAAAAAACUAUUUCAGACAAAUACCCACUGCCAAACAUCGACGAAAUUUUAGACUCACUAGGUAAAGCUAUUUAUUUUUCAGCGUUAGAUUUGACAUCCGGUUUUCAUCAAAUUAAAAUGGAUGAAAAAUCUAUUCAGAAAACAGCAUUCUCUGCUAACGGUAAAUUGUAUG